UCCGCUUUCCUGAACGGCCGCGUACUACAAAAUGCAAGCGAACAUGAGUUGUGGCUGUUGUUGUUGUUGAUGAAAUGUGAAGCUUUGGCUCUUGUUCGCGAGGUUUUGUAACAUCAUGGCGAAGUGAGAGCUAGCUGUGACAUGGGCGAAUCUGAGCGUGAACGUCAUUUUUAACGUUAAGUGGUGAUAUUUUGUCCUGUUAUAAGGUUUUCAGUGGGUGUCGUUACUAGCUAGCUAGGUCACUUCAGUUGUUUUACAGCUAGCUGUGUCAGCCGCCUGCUUGUCCAAAGUACCAGAGUACCAGGGUCUAAAGCUAAAGCUCUGUCUGAGAUGUCUAAGUUAAGUGAAAUGCCCCCAGAAUGGGACGACGACGAGCGGAUGAAUUUCAUGUUCUCCGACUUCAAGGAGAACCGCGAUGUCAACUCGUUGGACUGGGACAGUAAGAUGGACUACUGGACUGCUGUGAUCUUAAAGAGCUGCAGGGACCGCGGCACCGUGUGCGUCAACCUGCAGGACCUCAACAAGACCUUCAGGAGGAAAGAGAAAUCCCCGCUGGGCCUGGGGACUGUCCUCCAGUCCAUGGCCAGAUGUGGGGAGAUCCAGAGGGAGUCUGAGUUCGCUGCCAAUGUGGACUGCGGCUGGCUGUCCUGGGGGGUCGGCCUGCUGCUGGUGAAGCCCCUGAAGUGGACCUUCUCCACUCUGCUGGGGAGCAGCCGGGUGCCUUUGGAGGAGUCUUUUGUUGUCAUUGAGCUAGUGAAGGAGAAAGCAGCCGAGUUGCUCAGGGCCUACCGGAGCAGUGAAUUUUCAAGCUCCUCCAUCGUAUCAUUUCCAGAUAUCUGUACCUUCUCUUCUGGCAUCUGUGCCGAUGAGAGCACACUAUGCAUGGCUCUUCUGCAGCUGCAGAGGGACAAGCAAGUGACAGUUUCAUUGCACGAAGGAGAGAAAAUUGUCAAGUUUUGUCAGCCUGGACAGGACCGUGUGUCUCCAGUCAGUGAUGUGGACAUUGGCAUCUACCAGCUGCAGCGCAGUGAGAAACUGCUCGGGGAGCGGGUGCACAAGUUGGGCCUGGAGGCUGACAAGUGCAAAGAGGAAGCCAAGGUUUUGCUGCGGGAAGGGAAGAAACCACAGGCAUUGAGGUGUUUGAGAGGCCGCAAGAGGGUGGAAAAAAGAGCCGACAACUUGUUCGCCAAAAUGGAGUCGAUCAGAGGAAUCCUGGAUAGAAUCGCACAGUCCCAGACUGAUAAGAUGGUCAUGCAGGCCUAUCAGGCUGGAGUGUCUGCCUUGAGACUCUCACUUAAAGACGUGACAGUGGAACGCGCCGAGAGCCUCGUGGAUCAAAUCCAGGAGUUAUGUGACACUCAAGAUGAGGUGAACCAAACCUUGUCCACUGGCGUGACAGCAGGAGAUGAAGACAUGGAUGAGCUGGAGGAAGAGCUGAAAUCUUUGUUGGACGAGUCGAAGCCAGAUUCCAUCUCAGGUUUACCUGCAGUACCCACACACGGCUUGCAACCCUCUGGUGAGCCCACCCUCAGUUCUCUGCCGACUGUACCGCACGGCCCGUUGAACAUUAGCAACGAGCAGCUGGAGGACGAGUUGAAUCGAUUAACUCUGUCAGAUUCAGGCUUUCAGGGGGGGAAAGUAGCGUCGCCGGCCAGGAGAUGGGAGUCAGCACUGUGAUGGCACGAGGAAGACGCGGCAAGUUUGAGAGGCUUCAUCAACAUAUCAAGACAAACUAGAAUAUGCGAGUUAAAUAACAGUUAGAGGGUUCAGGUUCAAAUCUAGGCACUUUCCUCCAUUUAAUAAAACAGGAGUUCCUUUACUAUGUUUUGGCAUGACAGAAAGUUCUCAUUUUAAUUUUUUUAUUUCCCCCUUGAAAAUGAAUCUACGUUUUUUUAACUUGAAAGCUUUCAGAUCUGUUUCUCGUCAGUCAGGAUCCAGAGCUCCUCAAAUUAAGUGAACGUUUUAACCCUUUGAAAUAUGCAGUUUGAUAUUUCACCACUAAGACUGCUUUUAAUUUUGUGCUGUUUUCAACAAGAGUAAUAGAACGUUAUUUGUGGUUUAUUGUGUGUUCGUUAAUGUCUGUAAAUGGCAGUUCCUGUGACGUGUAAUAAGUGUCCUUCAGAGCUGAACCUACAGAGAAUGUUUUGCCAAAUGAUUUAGUACAGAGGUUAAAUAUAUAUACUCUCACUGCAUCGUACCUGAGAGGACCGAGACGUCUACCUUAAGUGAGUUUAACCAAAUAUGUUUCUCGAAAUAAAAUUUAUUUUAAUCA